GUGACAAGGCCGACCCCUGUAAGUUCCAGGCCUGCAACGAGUACGCAGAGUGCAAGGUGAACAAGUGGUCGGGGGAGGGGGAGUGCGUCUGCAAUGCCGGCUACUUCAGCGUGGAAGGACUGCCCUGUCAGAGCAUCUGUGAGCUGCGGACUGACUUUUGCCUCAAUGACGGCAAAUGUGACAUCAUCCCCGGCAAGGGAGCCAUCUGCAGGUGUCGCGUCGGGGAGAACUGGUGGUACAGAGGAGAGCACUGUGAGGAGUAUGUAUCUGAGCCGCUGGUGGUCGGCAUAGCGAUCGCCUCUGUAGCUGGAUUCCUAUUGGUGGCCUCCGCAGUCAUCUUCUUCCUCGCCAGGACGUUACGUGAUCAGUAUGACAAGGACGAGUCUGAGGACCCCAUACGGCGAGCAGAGAGUCUCCCGUCUCUGGAAAGAGCGACCAAGUACAACCCCAUGUAUGAGAGUGAGGCCACCACAGGCUACAGCCAUUACUACCGCCGCUACCCUGAGGCUCUUGUGUACAGCAGCACCAGCGCUGAGGCCUCCACUGACUUCAGCAGCGAGGAGAUACGACACAUCUACGAGAACAGUGAACUGACCAAGGAGGAAAUCCAAGACAGGAUACGCAUUGUUGAGCUCUACGCGAAGGACCGACAGUUUGCAGACUUUGUACGGCAUCAUCAAGCUGUCGUGGAUACCCGCAGAGAGAGCUCCGCCUCUACACACACGUGAAAGUCCCCUGUGAACAAACAAGAAACAUGCCUCGAUGUCAGUAAAGUGAAGCUCCCCAUCAAGACUCUUCUCUUUCUUCAUCAUGGCACUCGUUGACUGUUCUUCCUCCUUCCUUUGUGCCUUCUCUUGACUGGGUGAGCUGGUUGUGACGUCAAGUGUUGCUCAUCUGCUGGACGACUCCCUUCGGGGAAAACUGGACUAAAGCCCAUUACUUGAAAUGUUCAUCACAAUCCUGUCAGUAGUACGUUUGUUUAGUGGAAUAAUCGGUUUUGUUUCAUCAUGUCAUAUCUGUCCAUACUUAAAGGGAAGAACAUAAAACUGUGAAUAUGUAUAAAGUGUUACUGUUAGGAUGUUUGCUAUUUAAAAUAUUAAUCUCUACUUAUUUUUGUCGCUAUAAAGGUCAAAUUUACUCUUUAGGUUUUCUCAGAGAGGCGCUGAGAACGUUUUUGAAUCAAUGGUGCUAUCUUAAUUUAAAAUGUAGGGGUCUAUAAUGAUUUAUUUUUACAAUUUUAAAGCAUCACCAACGGAUCAACUCUGUAUACACUACGGUGCGUCAAAGAAAUAGUUCAGCAUUUUGCGGAAAAUCUGUCUAUGGGGAAAUAUGCGUAUUCCCUUUCUGGCGGAGACCUAAUUGAGAAGAUUGAUUGGACCCUCAUAUCUGUCGGUGAAGGUACAGUCAGCAGCUGUUAGCUUAGCACAAAAACUGGAAACAGGGAGAAACAGCUAGUCUGACUCUGCUCUGAGGUAACAAAAUCUGCGCACUUAAGUACAUAUAUUUUAAACAAACAAGAUAUAAGGUGUUAGUACGCUUUGGAGGUGCUGGUAGAUGGAUUUUGUUAUGUUGGGACAAAGCUAAGCUAGCUGUUUGCCCCUGUUUCCAGUCUUUGUGCUAAGCUAAGCUAAACAGCUGCUUGCUGCUUUGCCCAACAUCUACAGAUAGAGGAAUCAAUCUUCCCAUCUAAAUCUUCGCAAGAAAGCAAAGAAGCGUUCUUCCAAAAAAUGUUCAACAAUUCCUUUGAGAUGGCCAAAUGUGGUGCUAGUGUAUGUAUUAUUACUGUCCAUCAAUGUAAAAGCAGCCUUUCACAAUCUGAACAUUGUUCCAACUAUUUUUCUACUGGCAGGUGAUUUCUUUUUCCGCCUUUUUAACGGCUCCAUCAAUCAAAAGCUUUGGUGUGUAUGUUUGCAAAGGUACGGCGUGGUAGACAUGAGAAAGGGAAAACAUGGUGAUGAGAGAAAGGCAGAAAGCGUGAACCAUUUAUAGUUCUGGGAUUCAGAAAUAAGUGAAAACAUGUUUCUGUGGAAAAAUGCUCUGGGGCAAACGGCCGAGGGAUUUAUUCAAAUGGUCUGCUUUCAGACGUCAUGUCUAAUGCACCUGAAAAAACAGGAAUAGCAAGCUGAUAAACAACAUGCUCUCUUUGGAAAGCCAACCUCAAGCUAUGUCUCCUGUUGAAAAAACUUUAAGGCUACCAGCAAUUCUUCAAAAGAAUGAUCUGCCCUGUGACUACAUGUUUGGCCACCAUCCUGCUCCUCAAUCAGAAACCUGUCAGACUAACUCCAGUGUGUUCUUUGGUCUUCUCACAUGUUCUUCGAGACAAGACUUCGUAUUGAGCCCUCUGUCGGCCAGUGUGACUGUCAGAAUCAGACACAGAGAUCGUGUCCUAGCUUCUUGUUUACAUUACAUUGCUUUUUUACUCUUAUUUCAGAGGUCUACAUAAGCGACAAACACCGACGAAGGAAGCAGACUCUUGCGACAGUGUCUUGCCUUUUGCAAUCUGCAUAUUCAGUUGUAUUUGUAUAUGCAUGCUUUUUUUCUCCACAUCCUCCAUCUGCCCCCUGGAAAAACGGCCAAUCAUCCCAUACUGCUGUCAUGUAAACAUCAGUGAGGAUAUUAUUAACAGUUGUAGGAUGUAAAUCAUGUGUGUCAAUAUAUGAACACAUUCUUUUUAUACUGAUAUUUCUUUCACCAUUUUAACAGUGUUAUCAUGGCGUGCUGCUGUGUACAUUAUUAAUAACAAAUUGGAACUGAAAAUAAAAUG